GUCCUCUCUGCUGAAUGAAUUAGGCAACCAAUUGUUGCAGUAAUUUGAACAGAAUUUUUGUAAUAGUCAAAAAAGAAAAAGGGCCUUAUGGCCCAAAUCCAAUGUCUUUUGGGCCAAGAAUGGGCCGUUCGUUCCAUUGGGCUUGGCCCAUUGGGGUGGGGGGCUCGGCGGAGCCACGCCCGACCCGUUUCGUCAAAUCGGGUCGACAUGACCCGACCCGUUUUCUCGGCCGCGAGCCCGCCGGUCAAGUUCGACGCUCUCCGCCGCUCGGUCGCAGACACUCUCAAGAGCGCCGCUCCGGUCAGCGCCUCUCUCUCUCUCUCUCUAUCUCUAGGUCGAGGAAGAAGGAGGAGGAAGGAAGGAAGGAACGAAGGAAGGAAGGAAGAGAUCGAGGCCAAGCAUAGAGCCGCGCGAUCCACCGAUCGAGCCAUGAAAGUAGCCCCGACGGUGGUUCUUCUGCUCGACGACCAGGGCGGACUCGCCGGCGCCCUCCGACCCGACCCGGGCUCCGACCUCCGCCGCCUGGAGGAAUCGUUCGAGCUUCCGUUGGAGCGCUACGGCGUCGGAGGCCGCGGGGCUCGCGGGGAAGCCGUUCACUUCGUCGACGGCCAUGGGGUUUAUCAGGUGUCCAUGCUGCAAAUGCAAAGUUACAAGCCACCUGUAUUGGCUUGUGCACUCAAUGAAGUUUUGGCACAACUAAUGGAUGAUACAUCAGAAACGAUGCCUACUCUUCUAGUUCCCUUUAUUUCAUCGUCAUCAAACCUCAAGUGGGAGACAAGAAGUUUGCCCGUGGACAGCAGAAGAAUAUCUCUAUACGGCCUGCAAAUAGGGAGAGAAACAGACGUCACUCGUGCUAUCAUGGCCCAAACCCAGAAGCCGCCAUCAUCCAUGGAGAUCCAUUAUGAACCUUUAGCUUGCUUUCUUCAGCUUGUACGUGUCUUAAAGUUGCCAACUGUUAUUCUAAUUGGAAGGGUAGGUGAAAGAUUUUCUGAAAAGGGGUCGACAGAUGCUCUUGAGACAAUUCACGCCCUGGGAGAGCUUUUGGCAAACAAUGUGGGGUUGUGCUUUUCCCGUGACAAGGUUGUGUGGAGCAAUCCUUCAAAGACGUCAAGGGAUGAAGAAGAGCCAUGGCGGGCCCUAUAUGGUUGAAUACCUAUUACUUGUGAUGGCUAUGGUUGGGUAUCUGACUUGUCACUUGAUGCAUCUGCUGUAAGAUGAUUAAUUAUUUAGACAUGCAUAAUGUCAAACUAAAGGCCAAGACAAAUUUUCUAGAAUUUAUAGCAAAUGCAUGACAUUAACCUUCGAAUUCGCUCGCAACAGUUGAUGCAUCUUGAAAUUUUUUAACACUGAUCCAUAUUUCCUUUGUGUCCCUGCUGACUGAGAAUAUUGUAAGAGAUCAUUUUCCAAAGUUUUUGUCUCGACUGUCUGAACUAUGAGAAGAUUAUUAUAGCACUUGUACUGGUCGAGCUUCGACAGCUAAUGGAAUCGAUCCUCCUAGUUUUUACCC